GCGCAGGCGUGUCCGAUCUGCGCCCGAUCACUGAGCACCCUAUCGACGGCCCAAGCCUCCCUCCACGUCAACGCAUGUCUCGAUCUCGGCCUAUCCUCCCAACCUCACGAUCAACAGACCGACAUACAACCCCCCGCACCUGCGCCCACACCACUACGCCCCACCCCCUCCUCUUCCUCCUCCUCAAAUCCCUUCUCCAACCUCCCCUCCCCCUCCCUCGCCCCCUCCACCACCAUCGCCCCAGCUACAGCAUCAACACCCUCAGCCUUCUCGAAACUAAUGUCAAAAACCUCCACCGAAGAAAAGCAAUGGGCACGAGCCGCCGCACGGGCAAAGAGCGAAUGGGGAAAACCCGCCGCGACGCGGAAAUGCCCUUUCUACAAGAUCCUGACGUUCCCUUCCUCCGGAGCCUCGCUCGUUGUUGAUGGGUUCAAGUAUGGUAAAGUACCCGGUAUCGACAACUACUUCCUCACACAUUACCACUCCGAUCAUUAUGGGGGUCUCUCACAUACGUGGUCGCAUGGGGUGAUAUGGUGUUCCCGCAUCACCGCACGGCUGGUUAUCGAAUUCCUCCGCGUCGACCCGAAAUGGGUUAAAACCGUCGAAAUGGACGUACCCACCGAAAUCAACACUGGCUCAGGGCUUACGGUGACCGCAAUCGACGCAAACCACUGUCCCGGCUCCGUCCUGUUCCUCUUCGAACACUACCUGCCCAACUCCAAAAAAACAACUCGAUACCUCCACUGUGGGGAUUUCCGUGCGCAUCCACGGAUGGUAACGCACCCCGCCAUCAAAGAUAAGUAUCUUGAUGGCGUGUGGCUCGAUACGACGUACCUGAAUCCCAAAUAUGCGUUUCCACCACAGGUUGAAGUUGUUGGUGCUUGUGCGGAGUUGUGUCGAGGGAUUGCUGAAGGUAAAGCUAUUCCUGGCUUAAUAUCCACUCCUGCUGAACGUGGCGGACUUGGGAGACUCUUGGUUGUCGUGGGGACGUAUUCGAUUGGUAAAGAACGCAUCGUCAUCGCCAUCGCCCAAGCCCUCUCCUCCAAAAUCUACGCACCGGCCCGAAAACGCCGUAUGCUGUCCCUCAUCGACGAUCCACUUCUCUCCUCCCUCAUCACUGAUGAUCCGAGCGAGGCACAGGUGCAUAUGGUUUUCCUCAGUGAAGUCGGAGCGGAGGGGUUGAGAGACUACCUAAAGAGUUUGGGUGGUAAAGGCGGGUUCGAACGCGUCGUGGGGUUCAAACCGACAGGCUGGACAUUCACCCCAGGUAAAUCCCGCACAAUCGACUCCACCCCCCCCGUCCGUGAAAUCAUCGACGAAUGGCGCAACACACCCCCCUUCACCCCCUCCGCCCUCCUCCCCCUCCGCGGCUCAACACCCAGCGCGAUAUGCUUUGGUGUCCCGUAUAGUGAGCAUUCCUCAUUUCGAGAGCUCACGUGUUUUGUUAGUGCGGUUAGGGUUGGGAGGGUCGUGCCUACUGUUAAUGUUGGGACGGAGAGGGGCAGGGAGAGGAUGAGGGGGUGGGUUGAGAGGUGGGAGGGGGAGAAGGGGAGGAGUGGG